AUGCCGGGCCCCUCGCCCGGCGGCUCCCCGGAGAGGGAGACAGGGGCAGGCGGGCGGCCGCGGGGGCCGGGCAGGGACCGGCGGGUGCGGUUCCGGCUGCCCCACACGGCUAUCGCGCUGCCGACGGUGCGCGAGGAGGAGCGGCUCUUCUACCGGCGGCUGGAGGCACUGGCGGUGCCGGGGCCAGGCGGCUUCGGGCCACUCUUCGCCGCCGACGGCUGGAGCGACCUGACGGAUGACCGGCUGCUCCGGAAGCGCGUGGUGCGGGCCGGGCUGGGCGGGCCACAGCCGCGGCCGGGCCAGGAGGUGUCGGUGAAGGUGCUGGGCGCCCUGGAGGACGGCGGGCUGGUGGAGCGGGACCCGCGGCUCACCUUCGUGCCUGGCCACGGGGACGUCGUGCAGGCGCUGGAGCUGGGCGUCCCAACCAUGCAGCCCGGGGAGAUCUCCUUCUUCCUCGCCGCCUGCCCCUACGCCUAUGGCCGCCCGGGCAGGGAGCCCGACGUGCCGCCCGAGGCGCCGCUGCUGUUCGAGGUGACGCUGCUGGAGGUGCGGGACGGCCCCGACCCGCAGCCGCUGCCGCCCGCCGCCCGCCUGCGCCUGGGUUCGCAGCGCAGGGAGCGGGGCAACUUCCAUUUCGCGCGGGCCGACUUCGCGGCGGCGCUGCGCUCGUACCGGCUGGCCCUGCACGCCCUGGAUGGCCCCGCUACCGCGCCUCCCGGGCCCGAGGAGGAAGAGGAGCUGCAGGAGCAGCGCGUGAAGUGCCUCAACAACUGCGCGGCCGCCGAGCUGAAACUGGGGCGGGUGGAGGAGGCGCUGGCAGCCUGCGAGGCGGCCCUGCGGAUCAGCCCCGACAACGGCCGGGCACUGCUCCGGCGGGGGCAGCUGCUGGCGGAGCAGGGCCGGGACGCAGAAGCUGCGCUCGUCCUGAGGAGAGCCCUGGAGCUGGAUCCGGCCAGCAAGGUGAUCCACGCCGAGCUCUCACGGCUAGCGAAGCGCCAGAGUGCCCCAUCUAGCACCGCCUCGCAGGACCCCCGCCACGACCCGAUGCCGCCGCCGAGCCCCGGAUCUCCUGCACCGCCCACGGCGGAAGGAGCGGUCUGAGCGGCCCCGCAGCGCACCGGAGCCCGACCGAGGAGAGAGGAACGCUCCCGCACCAUCCUCCCUGCAUUGCCCCGCACUCCCUGGGGUGGAGAAGAGCGCUGCAGUGGGGGAGGACGGCGGGCGGGAGGGCUGAGGGGAAGAGCGGGGCUGUAUAUCCCGCUCCCUCUCCUCUCCGUCCCGCAUCGCUCCCCCCUCUCCGCAGCGCUUUCCGCCCGGCUCAUGACGUCACAAUGGGGCGUGGCCCCGGCGCCA